CGCCAUCAUUACCUUCCUGGCUUCCCCUCCUCUCCCAUCGGUUCGUCUGCUUCCCGUUCUCUCGGCCAUCACCCGCUUCAUCCUCCCAUUUGUUUCUCGCCAUCUUGGGGGAGAAGAGGGCUUUGUUGGCGCCUUCAAAAUCCAUACUUGGAGGUUUCGGAAGAAGAGGGUUUUAUGCCUCGGGUUCCUGGGUGUGUGUCGGAUUCUUCUUCUUGGAAGAUUUGCAUCAGUCUGAGUUCCUGAGGCUGGGCGGUUCUUGGAGACAAACUUGGCUAGGCUAAAAUGAACAAUGUGUGUGAAGUGUGUGGAGAUAUUGGUUUCAAACAUCUUCUUUUGUGUUGCACUGACUGCAAGGGAGCUUGCACGCACCAAUACUGUUUGGACAAAGUUCUAUAUGAUGCAUCAUUAGUAGAUUGGUUGUGCAAUGAAUGCCAUCAAAGGCAUAGUGAAGGUUCUUACAGCAGGUCUCUAGGGAAGGUGUCAAGUGAAAGGUCGUCAAAUCACACCCACUUUGGCUCUACAUCACAGCAACCAAUUAUCAAUAGAGUGGAGUCAGCCAGAGUUUUUGGUUCAUGGGGACAACGAAAAAGUAAGUCCUACACAGCUAAAAGUACAUAUCUGAAGAAAAUCAAUUCUUCCAAGAUGAAUUCUUUGCGCCAGAAGUGCAUUAGAAAGAAAUCAAAUACGAGAGGCAUGAGCAUCAAUAGAAGAGGAUGCAGGGAUGCAAGUAUUGCCUGCACCAGUGGGAAGGCAUCACAUUCUUGCAAGAGCAUCGGGGCAGAAACAGCUGAGAACAAGGAUGGGAAUCGGCAGGUUGCCAAUGAAAACUCUGUUCAAACUUUGAAGUUGAACAAUGAUGCUGGUUCAAAUCAUUUGACACCAGGAUUAAAACAAAUCAAUCACCUAAAGCCACAUGAUGACAGAUCAAAAUGCAUGAAGGAAAUGAAAAUUCUUGCUUCAACAUUGGAUAAUUCUAAUGAAUCAGAGCCUUCUAAUAUGAAUGAAUGCUUUGUUACUCAUGAAGUUAAUUCGAAGGCAGGGAAUAAACCAUCAGAUGAACCCUUGGUGACCCAUCAAGUUGGGGAUAGACGAGGGGAAUUCACUAUUGCUUCGUCUCAGAACAAAUCAAGAGGUGAUGUCCAUUUUACUCAUCGUUAUCCGAACCAGCAACAUGAUUCGUUCAAGGCAAACCAAAAUCUGAAUCCUGGGUCAGCACCUGAGCUCAACCGAACUGGUCAGAGUGAUCUCGAAAGAAAAUUUUCGUUUUCUGUUGGCAAAGCAGCUGUAAACCAGGUAUCAGGGUUGAAAGAUAACAGUGGCACAAUCUUAUCUCCCAAACACACUGAUCAUGACAAACAAACAAAUCAACACGCUCCAGUUAUCUGCAAAAAUAUGAAAGAUAAGUCCGAAAAAGAUCAUAGAACUGUGGUAGGUGCACAUCAAAACAAGUAUUGUGCAAGGAACAAGGACAAACUUGACCCACAUGGUGAUAAUAAUAUCAAUGUCCUAGAUGACUUCAUGUUAGAAAGAGAGAAUAAACAGAUCAGACCCCAGCUUGAUCAUGAGGCUAGCAAUGAGUUGCAGAAGAAAAGCAUAGCUGCCAAUGGACCACAGCCUUUCACUCCACAAAAUGACAGUUUAGGCAAAGCCAUGUCAGAUUUAUCAAAUAUGGGUGUGUUGCCAAAGGAAAACAACUGUCUGCCAUCUAUGCGCAUUGAAAGUGAUAAUCUGAUGAAAAACCACAGUGGACCAUCAAAGCUAUUAGAUAAGGAUAAUUCAUGUUCAUCCUUAGAGAUCUCCUCAGAAGCAAUUGUUAUUAAGGCUAGUGGUACAGAAGUAGAGAUUUCUGAUACUCUUGAAAACUUUGGCAAGGUCAAACCAAGAAAGCGACGGCGACUCAUUCUCAAUGAUGACGAUGAAGUUGAAGAAAAGAAGGCUGAAGAUGUGCGGAAGGAAAAUGCCGAUCCUCAUCCUCCUAAGUGUGAUGAACCAAUGACAAAGCAUAGGGUAAACACUGAAUAUUGUGUGGAAGAGGCUGUACAGACUGGUGAAUUAAAUGAUCAAAAUCUCAUGAAUGGUAGGCCUGUGAAGAGAAGGAGAAGAUACAUAGCUCAAAAUGAAGAUGAAGAGGAUAUUUUAUGUUCUGCAAAUUCUGAGUGUGCUCUGAAUGAGGCUACGAAUCGGUCUCUAAAUGAUGGUGCAAAGAUGGUGCCACAAACUUCAGUUGCAACAGAUCAUUCCCAACAAUGCAGGCCAUCUCAUUCAGAAUCUGACGAUCAACAAUAUUACAUUUACUCGCAAGCCCUUGAUGAGCCUGUUUGGAGUGGAGUCUUUAAGAUAGACACUGAAGUGCUUAUGUUGGAUGCCCACUUGUCCACGAAAGCAUGUCAGAGAGUUAGGGAUUUAUCAACAUCGUUACAACCAGUAGUUGAAUUAAACAAGCUCCCCCGGUCACAAGCCUGGCCAAAGAGGUGGAAGUCUUUUGGACCUACUGAUGACAACAUCGGGUUGUUUUUCUUCCCACAUAGUUUGAGGCAAAAUGAAGUGUCAAACAGACUAGUUAACAACUUGAUCAAUAGUGAUGGUGCCUUAAAAGUUACAGUUGGUAUCGCGGAGCUACUAAUCUUCCCCUCUUCUUUAUUGCCGGAACAAUACCACUUUUUCCAGGGGAAUCACUACCUGUGGGGAGUGUUUAGGCGAAGGAAAGAUAUGGCUGAUGAAACUGUCCUUGUCAAAGAGCAAGAUGGUUCAGUGAAACAUGCCGUAGAGCAAGGGCAACAACAAGAACAAUAUCUUUUGGACCAGCGGGAUGAAGCAUUUUAUGAGUCAUCAAACCAAGAAACUUUUGCUGUGAAGCAUGUUGUGCAUAUUGAGAAUCAGCUGCUGGUGGAGUGCGACCAUGAGGCAAAAAAGGAGGCUGUGGAAGCUACCACAAGAGAAGGCACUAACUCACCUGGCAGGAGUUGGUCCUCUGCUAAGACGGAAUCUGCAAAAGUUCGAUCAGACUGCUCUGUGGAGCCAAGAAAUGAUAGUGAAUUGGAUGCGCUUGGAGACUUGGACCAGCAAGAAGACUUCACCUCUUUGCCUGAGCGUAAUGCCUCAAGUAUUACUGAACAAUCAAGUAACUCUGGACCUGCUACAGCCAGUACCAAACUGAUCAAACCUGUUGAGCACGGUCAUGGACAACCCCACUCAGGCUCAGAACCGUCGACACGAAAGCUGUUUGGAUUUGUCAAUGCCCAGACACCAAGAUCUCAGCAACUAAUCCAGGAGAUGGUCAAUGAAGGUGAACUGUUGUUCCCAGUGCCAGAGAUUGCGACUACUGAUUCCAUCACAGGCCACAGCACUGGAGCUAUAUCUUCUGAAAUGAACCCUGACAUCGAGCGUCCAGAUCUGCUGUGUGAUCCCCCUCAGGCCUUCGACUUCGUAUCCAUGGGACACAGUGAGCCCGGUGCAGAUUCUGAAGCCUGCCUGGAUCUGUUCCCGGUGCGACAGGAACAUAUUGGAUGGGCUCCCAGGGUGGAAGUUAGCACGGAAGUGGACCUCGACCUGUACCUUGGCAAGCAGCCGCAAGCGCCCUCCUUGCCACCGCUGCUCUGAAGCUCACUGCGGAGUUUCUUCUGUACAGGACUCGCUGGACGAGCUCGAUUUUGUUCAGAAUCAUAAUGAUUUUGUUCAGAAUCAUAAUGUGGUAUUGUGUCUCGUUGUCUCCCAAUGGUUGUUGCUUCCUUAGGUUACUGCCAGCGCCUGUAAGUUUUGUAAAGCAGUGCAGGGGGCUUCCUUGUGAUGAGUUGGUUUUUUUUGGUGAUGUGGAUCCCAGACAGUAGGGGUAGCACUGAAGAGCUAACCAUAAUGUUGUUGGCAAAGUGCGUUCAUUGGUGUAUUUGCAUUCAGAGCCUGUAUUAGGUCAAUUCUGUUUGUUGUCUGGCCGUUUUGGAUGACAGGGUGCAGAGUUAAGGUUUGUAAAUUUGUAUCAA